UCAUUUCAUUUCCUUCGAAGAACGAAUAGAGGCCCCGGGAAAAGUAGGUCGUCAGUAUUGAUUUUUACCUAAUAUUCGACAAACAAAGACGUAACCCUGCCUGUGUGAAAAUAAAUACAACCUCGCGCAGUCUCGUCGAAGAAGAACGUGCACAAUGCCAGACGCGGAGCUGGGCGCGCCUACGGUCGAGAAUGUUCGAGUGGUGGUGCGCGUGCGUCCUAUGGACCAGAAGGAAAAACUUGAUGGGGCGUAUAACUGCGUAUCAGUAGACUCCGUGAACAGCACGAUUGCAGUUACCAGGAAUAACGUGAGCCCGCCGGAGCCGCCGCGCAUCUACGCUUACGAUGCAGUCUUCGACAGUAACACCUCCCAGAUGGACAUCUAUGUUCAGACAGCGAACCCGAUCGUGGAGCAGGUCCUCAAAGGUUACAAUGGAACUAUAUUCGCGUAUGGUCAGACUGGAACCGGGAAGACGUACACAAUGGCCGGAAGUAACUCCGCGCCGGAACUGCGAGGCAUCAUACCGAACUCCUUCGCCCAUAUAUUCAGCCACAUCGCGAAGGCGAAGGACGACGAAAAGUUCCUGGUCUGCGUUACGUAUCUUGAGAUAUACAACGAAGAAGUACGGGACCUGCUUGGGAACAACCCCCACCAGAGCCUUGAGGUGAAGGAGAGACCAGAUAUAGGAGUAUUCGUCAAGGAUCUAACAGGGUACGUAGUCCACAACGCAGACGAGCUCGAGAAGAUAAUGGCGGUCGGAAACAAGAACAGGCACAUCGGGGCGACAGCCAUGAACAUAGAAAGCUCCAGGUCACACGCGAUCUUCUCCAUAACAGUGGAGAACAGCAAGCGAGGGUCUGAUGGGAAGAUGCACGUCAAGAUGGGGAAAUUGCACCUUGUCGACUUGGCGGGUUCAGAACGUCAAAGCAAAACGCAAGCAACGGGCACGAGGCUGAAGGAAGCGACCAAGAUUAACCAAUCUUUAUCCGUCCUUGGCAACGUCAUCUCAGCGCUGGUCGAUGGGAAAUCGACCCACAUACCCUACAGGAACUCGAAGCUGACCAGAUUGCUGCAGGAUUCCUUGGGGGGUAACUCGAAGACUGUCAUGAUAGCAACAGUUGGUCCAGCUGACUCGAACUACGUGGAGACGAUCAGCACGCUUCGUUACGCGAACCGCGCGAAGAAUAUCGAAAACAAGACGCAUAUCAACAGCGAGCCGGGAGACGCCUUGCUCACUAGAUUCCAACAAGAAAUCGACCAACUGAAAAAACAACUCGAAGAGAAUUCCAACGAGAUAGAAGAAGAAGAAGUAGAGAUAUCGGAAGAGGAAUUAUCAGAAGACACUCUCACGGAUCCCGAGCUGGAUGUACUUGAUCCAGAAGAGAAGAAAAUCAGAAGGAAAAUGCGUAGAGAAGAGAAGGAGAAAAUAAGUCGCGAAAAAGCUCAUCUCGCUCGUAAGGUCCUCGAAGAGAAAAAGGCAGAGUUGCAAAGGACAAAGAAGCAACAGGAAGAGCUGAAAGAAAAGCUGCAGCGCCUGGAGUCCAAAGUGCUGGUGGGGGGAGAGAACCUUCUGGACAAAGCGGACGCUCAGCGCCGUCUGCUGGAACAAGCGGCUGGAGAGCUGGAGCUCAGGAAACUCAACGAGCUGCGGCUCCAGGAAGACUUGCAGAAGAAAGAGGCUGAACGUCUAGACCUCGAAGAACGUUACUCCAGUCUACAAGAGGAAAAUGCAGCGAAGACAAGGAAGCUGAAGCGAGCGGUGCAGCUGCUGAAUUCGGCCAAGGCUGAGCUCGCAGACCAGCAACGUGAACAGCAGAGGGAGAUGGAAGGGAUCCUGGAUGGAGUUCGUGCUCUUAGGAGAGAGUUACAGCUGGCUGAUUUGGUUCUAGACGCGUACAUACCUAAGGAGUAUCAAGCUUUAAUCGAGCAAUACGUCCAUUGGAACGAGCAACUCGGCGAGUGGCAAGUGAAGUGCGUCGCGUACACCGGAAACAACAUGGCGCCCAGACUGCCGCCGCACAGACCGCACACACAUCGACACCUCUCUCAGCAGACGGAGGCGCCGGACCUGUCGGAGCGCUACCUGUCGUACAGCAGCGCGCGCUCCGCCAGCCGCCUCGCGCGCCCGCCCUCCGCGCGCCCCGCGCGCUAGACAUCCCCCCGCCCGCUAAUUCAUUUAUUAUUUCGACGACGAUGAUCUCUAUAACUUACGCUUAAAUUUUUAAUGUUUACUAAAAAUCUCAGUAUUAUUUGCUUGUUUUUUUAAUUUAUUUUUUUCACUGUAGAAACAUUUUGGCGUGAACGAUUUUUUUUGUAUAUAAUCUGUAUUUUAAAUUUGUGAAUCACGUAACUAAUUAACUCUCAGGUGUGUUUGUAACUGUUGGCAAUCUUUUGGAAUAAUUAACAUCUAAUUAUUAUAACAAGAUUAGUUGAAUUGAGAAAAUUAAUUUCUAUUAAACCGUAAUUGCUCUUGGUGAGAACUCUCCUCAAUGUGACGAAUGAAAAAAAAGUGUAUUAAUUCUUUUUUAAAACUAUGCUAGUCACAUUCCAGUGAUAAAUGCUAAGACUAUUAUAGAAAUAAUUAUGUUAUAUAUCUAUCACAAUGUAACCGACGUGACAAAAUGAUAUAUU